CGCUCCUGAAGUGGUCAGAGUCCAGAAAGCUGAGCAGUGGGAGCACCGACGACCAGCAGCAAGGUGGACACCUCCACUCAGCAGUCCCCUGGAGCUGUACUGCCCUGCUGAGAGAUGAAGGUCUCUGUGGCUGCCCUCCUUCUCCUCAUCCUCGCCACCACAUCGGCUUCUUACUUCCAGCCAAGACACCCUGAGGGGUUGAACAUUCAAGCCUCCUGCUGCGUGACUUACUAUGAGAAAACACUGCCACAGAAACUGGUGAAAGGAUACAGAGAGGCCCUCACCUGUCACCUGCCAGCAAUCAUCUUUGUCACCAAGAAGAACCGAGAAGUCUGUGCCAACCCCAACGACAGCUGGGUCCAAGACUACAUCAAGGAUCCCCAAAUACCUUUGCUGCCUCCCAAGAACUCGGCCUCAGUUAAAAUCAUCAGAACAGAAAAAGGCCAGCCCUAGUUUGGCUCCCAUGAUGAUAAGGCCUCCAUGCAAGCCCAGGUCUGUGGAGGAAGGAGCCCUAUGGUCUGAUGUAGCACAGUCAUAAAGACACAGGUCAAUGAUCAAAAUAAAAGUAUUUUGAAUGUUGUCUCAA